CCACUAGAUACUCCUAUUGUUAAGGUAGGGCUGCCAAAGAGGCAAGGCUGCUCUGCUCUCUGUGUGUUGGAUGAGUGGGGUUUUCCCUCCUAUUCUUAUUUCUGUCGCAUUUUUUGGACAGACUGGGUUGAAUAAUUAAUUGUUGCUGGUGAGGAAGGAAGGAGCGGUAUGGCUGGAAAGAGGAGGUGACUACCGUCUCUAGAAAGAGGUGGCUACUGCCUUUGGAUGCUUGUAUUUGUUUUUUUCUCUUUGUCAUUGUCAGCAGUGUUGUCACUGGUCAUGCUAACAUCUUGGUAGGGGAUUGUGAAGAGUGGAGCCACCUCCCAACUGCUACUCUCCCCAGCUGGAGGAGCUUCUGACUGGGCUACAGAGCUUGAUCUGUGAUGUAAACCAUCUCAUCCUUCACUCCCCUGUUUCAAGCUACUGUGCAGGACAGAAAAGGCCGUUUCAUGAAUCAAUAUUCGCUAGUUGAAGCCAUGACAGACAACUUGAGAAUUGUGUAAUUCUCUCAAAGGAGCCUCUCGUCUAGUAGAGCCGACUCGUUGAGGAGCCACAGAGGAAACUUCACGGUUCCGAAGCUGCUCCCGGAAUCCAACAUGGUGUUCGGAGUUCUAGGUGUGUUCUUGGGUCUACUCCUUGAGGUUUCUACACACGGACCCCACAGCAUUCCCCGGACCUCCUGGAAACACGAAGAGCUCAAGUUGGUGGAGUUUUCUGAGCCCGGCAUCUUCAACUAUUCCACUCUGUUGUUGAGUGAGGAUAAGGAUGUGCUGUACGUGGGAGCGAGGGAGGCCAUCUUUGAACUCCGCAUGACCAAUGUGUCAAUCAAGAACAACAAGGUUCAAUGGAAGGUCCCGGAAAACCACAUGACGAUGUGCAUCGUAAAAGGAAAAUCUAAAGAGACAGACUGUCUAAACUACAUCCGGGUGUUACAAGUGUUGGACGACAAGCGACUGUAUGUCUGUGGGACACAUGCCUUUCAGCCCGUCUGUCACUACCUAUCCCUAAAGGAUUUCAGUCUGGAGGGUCCAGCGGAGGACGGGAGAGGGAAAUGUUCCUUUGACCCAUCUCAGAGCUUCACAACGGUCAUGGUUGAUGGAGAACUUUACUCUGGAACGUCAUAUAAUUUCUUAGGAAGUGAGCCGAUCAUCUCCAGAUAUUCUCUUUCACAGAGUCUGUUGAGGACAGAGUAUUCAACAUCUUGGCUGAACGAGCCCAGUUUUGUUUUUGCUGAUGUCAUCAGAGAGGGGAAGAACAGUGCAGAUGGCGAGGACGAUAAGAUCUACUACUUCUUCACUGAAGUGUCUGUGGAGUACGAGUUCUUUGGCAAGCUGCUCAUCCCCAGGAUAGCACGCGUCUGUAAGGGUGAUCUGGGGGGCCAACGGACGCUACAGAAGAAAUGGACCAGUUUCCUGAAGGCCAAGCUGGUGUGUUCCAUGCCAGAGCUCAACUUCGUGUUCAACGUGGUUAAUGACGUGUUCAUACUGAAGACUGCUGACUGGAGAGAGACUGUCAUCUACGGAGUGUUCACAUCCCAAUGGGGAAACGUAGGCCUGUCUGCAGUGUGUGCCUACGACAUGAUGGCAGUAGAAAAUGUGUUCUCCAAGGGGAAAUACAUGCAGAAAGCCACAGUGGAACAGUCUCACACCAAGUGGGUGAGGUACAAUGGGAUCACCCCCACCCCUCGCCCGGGAGCUUGCAUCAACAACCACCACCGUCUCCAGAACAUCAGCAGCUCUCUCCACCUGCCGGACAAGACCCUGCAGUUUGUUAAGGACCAUCCCUUACUGGAAGACCCUGUCCUUCCCAUCGGCAACGGGCCCAAACUCAUCACCAAGGACGUCAGCUACACCCAGAUCGCUGUGGAGAGGGUGCAGGCGCUGGACAACAACGUAUAUGACGUCAUAUUUACUGGGACCGAUAAAGGACUUCUGCAUAAAUCCGUGGUGUAUGACGGGCUGGUCCAUACAGUGGAAGAGAUUCAGCUUCUCCACAAAUCUGAGCCUAUCAAGACCUUGCUUCUGUCAUCACAAGGGACGAGGUCCCUGUACGCUGGCUCGGACUCGGGCGUGGUGCAGUCUCCUACUGCGUUCUGUGACAAGUACCCAUCCUGUUCAGACUGUAUCUUGACCCGGGACCCUUACUGUGCCUGGGACCCAGACUCUUCCACCUGUGUCAACAUCUUCCACACCCAGGGCCUCACACACCGGAACUUGAUCCAGAGCCUUAACGGUGAUGCAGACAAGUGUCCCUCAGCGCCAGGGCUCUCCGUGGAGAACUACCAGCGGGUGACAGUUAAACCAGGGAGCUCGGCUGAGCUGCCAUGCCUGGUUCAGUCCAACCUGGCCGUGGUGGUCUGGAAGCAGAACAGCAGCACCAUGACCGAGGCCUCCAAGUUCCACCUGAUGGGUGAGACGGGUCUGCUCAUUUACAGCGUGGCCCCAGAGGACCACGGCCUUUACGAGUGCUGGUCACUGGAGUGGGCCCCUGUUGCAGGGAAGAACUUCAGCCGCCUCCUGGCUGGGUAUGUCCUAGACCUGGAUGUCCCCAGGAGGCCUUCACCACGAGGCCACCCCCCUCAGACCGCCAGCACCCUCAGCUCCGCUCACCCCCACCACCAGUCCACCGCUGCCACUGAAGCCGCCUCCUCUGCUGUUCCUCCUCUCUCUCCUGUUGACACUUCCUCAUCCCUGUCCACCUCGGGAAGUAGUCCCUCUCUCCCUCCUUCCUCCACCUCCUCUGAGGGGUUAGGGGUGUGCCUGCUGCCCCCAUCCCUUCAAGACCAGGCUUGGGGGGUUCAGGCUCAGGAGGCCUUCCUGCUCUUCUGUCUGGCCUUGGGUCCCAGUGAUCUCCAAAUUCACUGGCAGCUGAACGGGGCCCACCUGGAGACGCCCAUCACAGUGUACCGCCACCCCUUGGUCCGGGGGAACCCCCAUGGAGAGGUGCUGGUGAGCAGCUGGGUGAGAGAGAGGGCCCUGGUCAAGGACUCCAGCUACCAAUGUGUCGCUGCGUCCAGCGCAGGAAAUGACACAUCUAAAGUGGACCUCAACAUCCUCAGUAGAGAUGAAGACAGUAUUCCAUCCAGAGAUAUGAGCCAAUGGAGGAGUGCCCUCUCAGAACACGACAAACUGCUAAAGAGGUGGAAAAGAGCAUGGAGCACUGCAGAGGUGAUGAAUUCCAGUGAAUCAAGAAGUGAAUGCCCCAUACUUCUACACGGUUCAAAAAUAGUUAACUAUUUAAAACGGCACAAAAAUGUGGUUGUUUCCUGGUUCAACCUUGUACGUGUCUCGGGCAAGGAUCAUCAACUAGAUUCAGCUGCGGAGCAUGUGGGAAAGCUGCGAGGGUCAAGGUGCUCUCUGAGGUCACCUGUGCUCCACUGUUAUUGGCUCCUAAGACAGGCUUCAGCCCAGGUGACCCUACCUGACCUUGGUCCAAAAAUGCCAAGUCAUGACGAGACAUGGUACUAUUCUCGCCGUUUGACGCCUGACGCAAGGCUUCAACCUCCGGCUUCGGUUCUGCAGUGUUCACCUGUUGUGGUGCAUCGAAGAUAUUCUAUAAUGUUACAGGCCCUUCAUACAGGCUUUAGCAUAGGCCUUAGUCUCCCCCUUACUGACUGACUGGGGACUGGGCAGAUCAGUUGACUUUGCUCUUGGGAGGGUCUACUCUGCAUUCUCAGUGAAAGCAGAAGAUUCUCUGUGACUGAGUGGUGGCAUGCAGUGUCAGAUAUCUCCACAGUGUCAGAUAUCUCCACAGUGUCAGAUAUCUCCACAGUGUCAGAUAUCUCCACAGUGUCAGAUAUCUCCACAGUGUCAGAUAUCUCCACAGUGUCAGAUAUCUCCACAGUGUCAGAUAUCU